ACAGAUCACUCUGACUCCACGCUUCUCUUCUUCUCUUCUGCUGCGUGAGAUUUUCUUUCUCUUCCGGUUGUCGUCUGUUCGUGUUGCAGAUUAACCAGUGUCGAAAUGGCCAAGUCAAAGAAUCACACAACCCACAACCAGUCUCGUAAAGCCCACAGGAACGGCAUCAAGAAGCCCACGUCUCAGCGUUAUGAGUCACUGAAGGGUGUGGACCCUAAGUUCCUGAAGAACAUGCGCUUUGCUAAGAAGCACAACAAGAAGGGCAUGAAGAAGGUGCAGAAGGCACUUAACACGAAAUAGGCUGCCAUCCAGUCACCUCCAUGUCUGUCAGUUUCAUAAACUGUUUCCACCAUCACAAUAAAGCCAUGCUUUGUUAACAAACCAA